AAUCCCGCGGCUGCUGGCCGUUUACCACAGGCGUCUGCCGCAGGCCCGCCGGAUUCCGCGCCCGCGCCCCGCCGCCCGGUGACAUGUUGUCCAAGCCGCGAGGCCGGGGCCGCCCCAGCCCACACACGGACCGGGACCGGGGCGGCGGCGGAGACGCCCGGACCCCGAGAGGCGGCCGCGGCGACGAGACGCCGAGCACGUCCCGCGGGCCCGGCAGCGCGCAGGAGACCCCGGGCUCGAGCUGGUCGCUGUCGGCCUCCGCGCCUGCCCCGGGCGCGCGCACCCAGAAGCAGCUGGAGCUGAAGGUGGCCGAGCUGGUGCAGUUCCUGCUCAUCAAGGACCAGAAGAAGAUCCCCAUCAAGCGCACCGACAUCCUGAAGCACGUCAUCGGAGACUACCGGGAUAUCUACCCGAACCUGCUCAAGCUGGCCGCCGAGCGCCUCCAGUACGUGUUCGGGUACGAGCUGGUGGAGCUGGAGCCCAAGAGCAACAGCUACAUCCUCGUCAACACCCUGGAACCCAUGGAGGACGACGCCGAGGUGAGGGGCGACCAGGGCACGCCCACCACGGGCCUGCUCAUGAUUGUUUUAGGGCUCAUCUUCAUGAAGGGUAACACCAUCACCGAGACCGAAGUCUGGGACUUCCUGCGUCGGUUGGGAGUGUACCCCACCAAGAAGCAUUUAGUUUUCGGGGAUCCAAAGAAACUGAUUACGGAAGACUUUGUGCGACAGCGUUACCUGGAGUACCGGCGGAUACCCCACACGGAUCCUGUAGACUACGAAUUGCAGUGGGGCCCGCGAACCAACCUGGAAACCAGCAAGAUGAAAGUUCUCAAGUUUGUGGCCAAAAUCCAUAAGCAGGACCCCAAGGACUGGCCCGCUCAGUACUGUGAGGCGUUGGCAGAUGAGGAGAAGCGGGCCCGACCUGCGAUCAAUGCCCCGGCAAGUCUCCUGAACUCUGAGAUGGGUUCCGAGGGACUGGGACAAGGGUCUGGGACCCAAAGACACCGAGCGAAGGAAUAGGGGAAAGCAGGUUGGAGGAAGGAUGCUAGGCUGACGUGUUGUAUGCAGUUUGGGAUACGUUGCAAAGUUUUGAUCUUUUAUUGUUUUUGGUUUUGUUUCUAAAUCUUCAUAUGUAAAAAAAAAAGUUUUUAUUUUACUAUCUUUAGUUAUACAGAUAUUCCCAGUCUUAUAAAACUCAACUGAAAUAUUGUGCUGUGAUUUCACAUAUAUGUAAAAGAAGCCUUGAAGUAAGUUGUUUUGCUGCCCAGUUUGUAGGGAAAAUAAAAGUUUUGGUAAAAUUGAAAAUAAAUUUACAAUUGCCUGUAUCUUUAUUAUAUCAAUAAAACUUUUAUAUUAUUUAUCAGA